AUGGCACCAGGCGAGCGCUCUGAGGAAGUGCAUUUAUGGCAAGGUCACGAGCUACGGGCACAUCGCGAGACUCCUCGGGAAGCACAAGUUGGAGUGUGUCUCAAACACCUGCCAUCGCCGUCGACCGAUAGCAGCAAGAAGAGUGCGACGUUCCACAGCGGUAACGUGCCAUGGCAGCGCGUGCUCAACGCAAAGGGCAGCAUAAGUCCGAGGGGUCCAGGGGCGGCUGCGCGUCAGGCUGAUGCUUUGCGGAGAGAAGGGGUAGAGGUUCGGGAGGAUGCUAUGGGCCAGUACGCUAUUGACCUGGCAAAGUAUGGCUGGUUUCCCGACACGCUGCCGAGCGAGUCUGGCCAGGUCGAGAGCAGCGAUGAAGAGGACGAGGAGGCAGCCGCGUACCAUACUUGA